AUGAAUGAAGAAAACUCUGCUAAAAGAGUAUAUUUACAAAUUUAUGACUAUGAAACUAAGGUUCUUUUCUUUCAAAAAAUAAUUUCAAAAAUAAAAUUUCUAGGAGUUUUCUGGUUUGACAACCUAUCAUGGACUUGUCAGAAUUUUCAAUUCAAAUACUUGGCCAAGCCGAAUAUUCUGGUCUGUUGUGGUUCUUUCGUGUCUUGCUCUUUUUAUGAUUCACGUAUGUUUUAUGAGCACAGAUAUACAGUCAGAUAUUUUACUUAAAUUCCAAUUUUUAAACAGAGUGGCUAUCUUUUAUUAGGAUAUCAUGCGAAACCGACACUUUUCCAAAUAAAUACGCACAUUGCUAAAAAUGGUAUUGAGUUUCCUGAAGUCACGAUUUGCAAUUUGAAUUUUAUGGAUUUCGGAAAGACAAAUUUCAGCAAAAAAGCCAGUGAAUAUAUUAUGCAUUAUUAUCAAGUAAGUUAAAUGAUUAUAGUAAUCGAAUCGAAAAAUGAUUACUGGUUUUAAUAGUAAUCGGAACAGCAAAACGUAAUGCAGCCAGGUUAAAAAUAAUCAUCCUGGUGCGAUUUAACAUUUGCCUGAUUAUAGUAACUCAGAUUCAAAAAUUGAAUUUUUGCAGGAAAAUUUUGCCGAAGUUUCUUCCGAAAUGCUGGCGGAGUUCAACUCACAAAAAACAGAAAAUUUCGAAAUACUGGACUUCCUCAAGAAAAAUUCAAAAACAUGCGAAGAAACUUUUGUCUCGUGCAAAUUCAAUCAAGAAUCCCAUUCCUGUUGUAAUAUCGCAAUUCCCGAAUUCACUGACUUCGGAUUAUGCUACAGGUAUCCUUUUUUCUUUCUUUUAAAAGGUUCCAUUCAUUUUAUUAGAUUCCCCGGUGCUGGUCGGAAACAAUUUUUAAGCGGUGAAAAAUUCGGGUGGGAAUUUGUGAUGGACGGCAGAAACUAUGGGGAUGAAGAUGCGAAAGGAUUUUUGAUCUUGAUUCACGAAAAAGGAAAAUAUCCGAGUAUAGAUGCAAAUUCUUUGUCAGUUCCUCCCGGAGCAAUGCUCCAUUCAUCAAUACAUUUGAAAAAUGUAAGAUACUUGAUUUUUCUGAAUUCCUCCUAAUUAUUUUUUUAAAAAGAUAACACUUUUGCAUAGAACAAAUUGGGGAGUUUGUAUGAAUGACUGGAGUGAUGUGAAAACAAUGAAAGGCGAAUUGAAAUUGACAGAAGACGAUUUGGAAAUGAGUUCACAUUUGAAAUACACUUCUACUCAUUGUCAGAACUUUGUGAAACUAAAUCGUACAUUAGAGGAAUGUGGUUGUGCACCAUUAUAUUUAAAAGCAAGAUUUCCUCAGAAUAUGAGAAUCUGUAAACCAGAAGAAAUGUUUGAAUGCGAAGCCAAAAUCAAUUCGAAUUCGAAUUCGAGUUCAUCUUGGAUUUGUGAUUCUGAGUGUGAUUUUUUGGAAUUUGACACAACUUCAAGUUAUUCAUCAGUCUCAAGAAAACAAUUGAAUCACACAAAAACCUAUUUGAACGAGAACAUAUCAGCUGCAACUGUAUUUUUCCGACAAAUCGCCUACGAACGUCAUGAACAACAAAAACAAUUGCAAACAGCUGAUCUUUUAUCAAAUAUCGCCGGAAGUAUGGGUCUAUUUUUAGGAAUGAGUACUGUAACUCUGUUGGAGAUAUUUAUUUAUCUUUUCAAAUCAGUUUGGGGAACAGUUAAUUCAGCAAGACAGAAACAAUUUAUGGAAGCUGUUGCAGAAGAAGAGCGAGAAAGAUCACAGAGUGUUGUGAUAAUACAAGAUGCUGAAGACGAUCAAAAUGAAGAAAUUGAGGAUGAUGUUAGUAGAUUGGAAAUUUUAUUUCAAUUCAAAUAGUGAUAAGAACUUUUUUCAGAUACAAACGACUCGAGGAUUUGGUCGAAAACUAUCAACAACCCCAUUACACAUACAUUUAGAUCAAAGAAAUACACGAGUUCUCAGAGGAGGUGAUCUAUAUUCAGCUCCUCGUGGAUCAGUUAGCAUUCCAUCACAACUAUUAUCACCUUUGUCAAAUCAUAGGCAAGUUAAUUGGAAAUACGAAAACUUCUCUCAAUCUAAUGUUUAGAAAAUCAUUAAGUAUUGCGCAACUUGAAAGACGAAACUCUGGAGUACCAUUCAAUUCUAACAUGUCAACUUCCGUAGUACAUCCACCAAUGAGAAGGAGUAGUACGGUGAACCCACCAACAUAUAGCAAGUGAGUUCGAAAUACGUUAGUUUAAAAUUUACCUAACAUGAAUUUCAGAUCAAAACGUGGAAGUGUAGAUUUCUCUCAACAACGAAAAGCAUCAACAGCUUCAGUGUUCAAAACUCAAUUAUUGUAA